GAUGCAUGGAUCAAGAAACUACUGCAGAAAUUUCACCUGCAUUUCUAACUGAUAAGCAAAUUGAAAAUGACAAAUUUCAAAUUGACCAGGAAGUAAGUUCAAGAAUUCACAUGAAUGGAAGUGAGAAUAUACAGUGUUCGAGUUCGCCUGUGAAAGCUGAAGAACCUAGAGCGUACAACGGUACAGAUUCUGUUUUAAGUAUAAGUACGAUUGCUUCAGCCAUAGCUGAUGCUUCUGUGAGUGCUGAUCCUGCUCAGUUAGCUGCAAUGAUUUUGGAACUUUCUAAUAAGAACAGGAAGAAAAGUGAGCCUGCAGCUAUAAGCAGAAAACCAAAUGUGCAAUUACAGGACCAGAAAAGCAAUAUGAAAGAUUUGGGUGUUAUGUUGGACAAGGGUCAUGAAAGAUCUGAGACCAAUGAAAGUAAAGUUCUAAAACCUGAAUUUAAACCAAUGCCAGAAUCUGCUUUUACUUGCAGUUCAGAUUCUGCUGGUCUUUGUGAAAAUUGCAGGAAUUCUCAUAGCAUGUUGAAUUCAUCUUCAGAAAAAUCUUCCUUAAGGAGAACCAGCAAGGAGGAAAAUAAGAAAUCAGUGCUUUCAAAUGAAGAGUUGUGCCAAAUUAAUCCAAUAAGCAAUAGUUGCUGUUGCAAAUCCGAAAAUACUUGUCUGUCAGUCAAAUUAGUUAAGGAUGCGAACAGACCACAUGGUCAAAAUGAAAUCACAGAAACCUGUGUAUUUGAGUCAAAUAGAUUUCCUGAUCCCAAAUGUGGCAACAGCCAGUUCACUGAUGCAAAGUGGAUGACAGAAGAGGGAUUUGUUAACAACAGAGCUUUUUCAAAUGGAAAUACAACCACUGACAUGCCAAAUAUAAACCAUACUAUUUCUGUGGUGGAGAAAGAUGAAGAAUCUCCUUCAGCUGUUUCGGAGAAACUUUCUGCCCAGGAGAGAGAGAAUGAAGCUUGCUUGGAUAAAGUGCUUUAUAAAGCAAAGGUUGAAAGUGUGUCUGAGAUGGCACAAAAAAAUGUUGAGAAAAUGUCUUCAGAAACUUGUGAGAGAGUGUUAAGAAUAGAACAUAAAGAUUUCAAAGUCCCUGUUUCUCCAGAACCUACUGCUGUUCAUGGUGUGACACUGAAUAAUUCCAGUUUGCGUCGUCCAACAUUGCAUACCACUGGAUCAGUGGAGCAAAGAUUUCGGGAAUUGACCAGCGAGACAAUGGGUGAAGACAACAAAGAGAUGCAUGUAAUUUCAAAGCUCCAAGAAGGGAGAGAUGAACGAGAGAGCUCCAAUUCCAACAAUGAGGAAGAAAGUGUCAACUUUCACCAAUAUGAUCAGGCACCAGUUGUACCAAAAAACCACACCGCUGAUCAUGGCUCUGCAGCAGACCAACUAAAUUUGAGGCCCUUGACUCAUUCGUCACCAGGCCAAGUAUCAGAUUUCCAAACUUCCACAAGCAGUUCCUCCUCAUUGACACACUCCAAUGCAACCCUUACCAGAUUGAGCUAUAUAUCUGGUAUUGAUGCAACACUACAAAACAGCACUGCCAUUGGAAGUCCAGUGAAUUCCAAGAAUGACCAAACCAUUGAGCUAAGCACGACAAUUAUUCGAUCAAGUCCCACACCAACACCAGAUCAAACUAUAAUUAAUUCAAGUGAUUUGACCUUUUCAAGCUCACUAGAAGAACGUAAAACAAAUUGUGAGCAAGGAUCGCAACAAAGAAGAUUGGGUUGUGAUAAACAGCCAAGUGAUCAGGCCAGAAGUCCUGAGAAUCAGGUUGAAAAAGCAUGUGUUUCACAAACAACUGAUAACCUAUCUUCUCCACAAUCUGAGAAAACAAAGAUUCAACCAAGUCAGCAGCGGUUGGAUGUUUUCCUUUCAGCAUCAGGCAAGCCAAUGGCAUAUGAAAAUCCAACUGUACUACAAAAAGCUGAUCAUGUUUGUGCAUCUGGGCAGGACAAGAUUAACAGAAUACAUUGUGUAGAAUCAGUGAAUGCUCCCUCUGCAACCAGUAGUGGAUUAAGCGUUCUCCCACCGUUAAGUACUGAUUAUAGAUAUACACCUAUCUCGAGCUUUAAACCUCCAGCAACGUCUUCAGAUGUGCCCAUGGCAGGUCCAGCAUUACUUACUGGGCAUUCAUUGUUAACAACUCCGUUGGCCCAACAGUAUCUGGGAACACUGACUUCUACUGCCAAUUGUUUAAAUGUGCCUUUGGCUUCAUGCUAUUUGGGCAACACUUUGUCAUCGAAUUUGCAUAGUCUUGCAGCUGGUUUACCUGGUGCUCAUGUGCUCAUGGAGAAUACUCAUCCACUUCAUCCUAAAUUAGGGACAAGAAUGCUUAACUCUGCGCAGUUUUACAGUGCACACGCUGUACCCUUGGAUUCUAAUUUUAUAACACAGCCUGUUGGUUACCAACCAUCUAGAAUAAGCAUGUUUGAUCAGUGGUCAGGUGGACUUCAACUGAAAGAUAUUGGUCAAGUGCUGGUCCCAGAGGAAUUGAAGUUUCCGAACUCCUGUUGUGUUGGAAUAGCAUCACAAACAUCUCUCAGCAUGUUUAAUCCAACUGAACGAUGGAUGCAAGUCUCUCUUCGAAUUGUUAGUGUUUCGGUGAAUGGAGAGAAG